GAUUUCAUUUCAAAAAUAAAUCGAGUACACAAGAACAAAAAAUACUUCAAAUAUAACAAUGUUGUUUUUAUCAUUAAUUGCCAUAUUAGUGGUAAUAGCACUAAUUUUAUACAUUUAUUGUCAAUUAACGAUGGGUUGGUGUAAAAGUAAUACUUGUUUAGUUGGAAAAACUGUUCUUAUAACGGGAGGUAAUUCAGGAAUGGGAUUUCAAACAGCUAUGGCUCUAGCCGGUCGUGGUGCUAAAGUUAUAAUAGCUGAUGUGGCAGAUACAACAAAAUCAGUACAAGAAAUAAUAAAAGAAACUCAUAAUGAGAAAGUGAUCGGAAAAUUUUUAGAUUUAUCUUCAUUGGAUUCUGUAAGAAGAUUUUGUUGUGAAAUCAAUAAUGAAGAGAGUCGGUUAGACAUUUUAAUAAAUAACGCUGGAAUGGCUGCUUUGCCAUUUGCUUAUACCAAUGAUGGUUUGCAACAGCUUAUGCAAACAAAUUAUUUUGGACAUUUUUUACUUACACAUUUACUUAUUGGUUUAAUGAAAAGAACUAAAAGUAAAAUUAUAUUUGUAAAUUCUUUAGCUGCCUUUAGUAGCGAUUUAACGUACGAUAACUUCAAUAAACCAACUAAAUAUAAUUUGGAUUUCAAAACUCAUUAUAAAAUAUACAGCAAUAGUAAAUUAUGCGGAUUAAUUGCUUCUAAUAUUUUUGCUGAAAAACUUAAAAAUACCUCAAUUACAUCGAACGCUCUUCAUCCCGGAAUCGUUGUAACACCGAUUUUAACCAAUGCAGUAAAUCCUGAGUAUCAUAAAUGGUUUAAAAACUUUUUAUAUGCUGUUGCAAAAAUUACUGGAAAGACCCCAUUUGAAGGUGCUCAAACACAAAUAAACUGUGCGUUAUCAAAAGAUUUGGAUAACGUUAGUGGGAAAUACUUUGUCGAUUGCAAACCAUUCUUUCAACCAUAUCAAACAAAAAAUAAGGAAUUUUGUAAACAAAUUUGGAAAAUGAGUGAAGAAUUUGUGAAAUUAAAAAAUGAAGAGAAACUUGAGAAUAUUUUAAAAUAAAUUAUCGCUCGAAA